CAAACUGACUUCAGAACUGUCACUAUCAGUCAUUGUCAGUCUGUGAUACUACUUUUAUGAAUAAGUUACACAAUUUUUCCUUCGUAGGGGAGUUUCCGAUGUUCGAAUCACCUGAGGAUAAUGGAAAUUUGAGUUUCAUCAAAUGUCCUAGAAAUAACCUUCGCCUAUUAUCACAAGAAAUCUAUCUCCCACCAUUUGACAAUUCUAGAGCUUAUUAUGAUUUGACGGAAAACCAAGCAGAAAUAACUACAUACAGCCUGAAAUUUUUGGAAGGCUGUGAAUCUAACGAAGAUGUACGAAACGGAUCCAUGUUGGAUGAAUUCAAUAUAAGCAAUAUGGAUACGGAAUUCAUAUUCCUAGAGAAUUUCAAUGAAGAUCUACAAAGUGAAUUGCCAGAUAUCAGUUUGCAAGACAUAUUUUUAGAUUGUAUUUCAGAUCCUCAAGUGAUGAAUAGCAGUGACAAUUACCAAGAAAAAACCAGCAAAUCUGAUUUUUCGUUCACUGAGAACGAUAUUAUGAAUUUGUAUUAUCUGAAUGAGAAUCCAGUGAGAGAAAAGAAAACCAGGAAUCCAAAAAUUGGCAAAGAAAAUAAGAAUACUAGAAAGAAGAGACAUUUGUUACAUUGAUUAAGACCAAUAAUUUUUUUUCCUUCAUUAUUCCUUAUAAUUCAAAAUGUGUCUGUUGAAGUGACAAUAAGAAUGAAGAGAUUCAAAUCAAUUCAACUCAA